CUUUACUCUUUAUACUAGCAUUUAACCUUUUAGGUGCAAGUAGAAUAUUGAGCAGUCAGGCCAACCGAACUGAGCCCACAUAAGUUUUGCAGUCUCUUAGCUCAACAAUCUUACUCGGGCCCUAAUAUUUGGGCCUAAAUUAUUUGAUUUAUGAAAUAAAAAGUCGUUGAGGCCGAGACAGAGAGCGCGGGAAAGAUGUUCGUUAGCCGUUGCGCAGUUCAAUUCUCUUUGGGGACUUUCUUCAAACACCUUCCGGUAUCAAAUCCGGCGACGCUCUGUCCGUACAGAUUCAGACCCAAAACCCUAACCGCCGCUACAAUUCUUAGCUCCUCCUCUUACUUUGAGACUUUAGAUUCCCGCCAAAAAGAGCAAGUCCAUCUCCAUGUCGACACUCUUCUCCAAUGGAACCAGAAAAUGAAUUUUACAGCUGUUAAGGAGGCGGUUGAGGUAAUGGAGAGGCACAUUGAGGACUCGCUUGCAAUCAUACCGUCUAUUAGAAAUUCUUCGUCCGAAAACCUCCGCCUUGUAGAUGUGGGGAGCGGUGCGGGUCUUCCGGGUUUGAUCUUAGCCAUUGCUUGCCCAGGUAGGGAAGUGACACUGAUGGAGUCUAUGUACAAGAUAUGCAUUUUCUUGGAACACGUUGUCGGUCACAUUGGUUUGUUGAAUGUUCAAGUGGUAAGAGGAAGAGCAGAGGCUCUUUGCUUCCGGGAAAAAUUGGAUGUAGCGGUAGCCAGAGCGGUUGCGGAAAUGAGAGUUUUAGCUGAAUACUGUCUUCCUCUGGUUUGCGUUGGCGGUUUGUUUGUUGCUGCAAAGGCCCACGAUCCUCAGGAGGAAGUUAGGAAUGCAGAAAAAGCAAUUCAGAUUUUGGGUGCUUCCGUAUGUGAAAACUUAACAAACCUAUCAUUGGAAUCGCACAGCCCGUAUGGACAAAGAACUGUCAUCGUGUGUUUGAAAACUUUUCCUGCACCAAGAAAGUAUCCUCGCGAUCCAGGUACUCCAGAGAAAAUACCACUGUAAAAUAAUUCAGAUGCCCCCAUUUCAAAUGUUAUAUAUACUUGGCUUGGUGUUCCUUCCCCUUUCAUCAGUUAUUUAUGUAACACCUUCUGCUUUGGAAAUGAAAUGCGACAUUUUGCAAGUUUUUUUUUUAUUAUUUCUGGUCGAGAUCGGCGUAAGCGUUUCUUCAAAUAAUUUCG